GGAAGGGACAUUUUUAUUUUAGCAAAGUGCGGAUUUUGCAUUCAAGAGCCUAUUUUGAUGCACGUUUAAGGAGAAAACUAGAUCACAGAGUUGUUAAGAUUGAACCUCAGAUAAACCCUUCCGGCUCCCAAUUUAAAGCUCAGCCUUGCUUCUCGUUCUCAAUCCGACCCGCUCUCGGAUCGGAAACCGGGAAUCCAAUGGGAGAAGGAGAGCAGCAGGAGGCUAUGGAAGUAGCUACAGAGACCACACAAUCGAUUGAACAAGACUACUCGUGGCCUUUAAUUAGGUUCGAUUUGCCUCCACGGAGAAUCCACCAUUUCUACAAGCAGUUCAGGACUAGUUCAAACGCUAACAAUUUCCUCAAAGGCGUUAAAUGGUCUCCAGAUGGGUCGUGUUUUUUAACGAGCACGGAGGACAAUACGCUGCGUCUAUUCUCAUUACCAGAUGAUGGAAGCGGUAGUGAUUCUAAUGCAUGUUCUAUAAAUGUCGAUGAAGAUUCCUAUGAUGCCAGCCUUGUUGUGAAUGAAGGGGAGUCCGUUUAUGACUUCUGUUGGUACCCAUAUAUGACUGCUUCAGAACCUGUUAGUUGUGUAUUCGCUAGUACUACUCGUGACCAUCCAAUUCAUCUUUGGGAUGCUAGUUCUGGCCUGCUGCGUUGCACAUACCGUGCUUAUGAUGCUGUGGAUGAAAUUACGGCUGCCUUUUCAAUUGCAUUUAAUCCUGCUGGGACCAAGAUUUUUGCUGGAUACAACAAAUCAGUAAGAGUAUUUGAUAUUCAUCGGCCUGGCAGAGAUUUUGAGCAAUACUCGACCCUCCAAGGAAAUAAAGAGGGGCAAACAGGUAUAAUAUCUGCCAUUGCUGUUUCUCCAACUCGUAGUGGAAUGCUAGCUACUGGUUCUUAUAGCCAGACUGCAGCAAUCUUUAGGGAGGAUAACAUGGAACUCUUAUAUGUUUUACAUGGUCAAGAAGGUGGGAUUACACAUGUCCAAUUCUCAAAAGAUGGAAACUAUCUUUAUACUGGAGGAAGGAAGGAUCCAUAUAUCCUGUGCUGGGAUCUGCGAAAAACUGUUGAAGUUGUGUACAAGUUAUACAGAUCAUCAGAACAAACCAACCAGCGGAUAUUGUUUGAUAUUGAACCCUUUGGCCGACAUCUUGGCACAGGUGGUCAGGAUGGGUUGGUUCAUAUAUAUGAUCUACAAACUGGACAAUGGACAUCUAGUUUUCAGGCUGCAGCAGACACAGUCAGUGGUUUCUCAUUCCAUCCAUUCCUGCCUAUGGCAGCCUCUUCAUCAGGACAUCGAAGAUUUCAAGUUCCUGAUGAUGGCCAUGAGAAUUUGCUUUUGAAUGAUGAUGAAAACUGCGCCUCAGUGUGGAGUUUCUUCUAUGCUUCUGCAAUGGAAAAUGGUACCGAUGUCCAAGUUGGUGAUUUUAACAGUCAAUCAGAAAGUGAUUUGCACCACCAGGAUUCUUGAGUCCCUCUGCAGUGCCCUGCAGCUGAAAUGGAGACACCUUACUUAAUCUUAUGUCAAACUAAACAGAGACCAUCAUCGUUUACCUAAAUGUUGUACAUUCUUCGUUUCCAUGCAAAACAAGUGAUACUCCAUAGAAAUAUAAGUCUACAUUAUAGAGGCUUCGAUAGAGAUA